AUGGCUUAUCUUUUAUUGUAUGUCGAUGAUAUUAUUUUAACUGCUUCCUCUAAUGCGCUCUACCGGUCUAUCAUAUCGCUUUUUAGCUCCAAAUUUGCUAUGAAGGAUAUGAGCCAAUUGAGUUAUUUCUUGGGCAUUGCUGUCACUCGUCAUACAGACAGUUUAUUUUUAUCUCAAAAGAAGUAUGCGGCCGAGAUCAUUGAUCGAGCUGGCAUGUCAUCGUGUAAGCCAUCUCCUACUCCGAUUGCUCCAAAAUCGAAGCUCAGGGCUACUACGAGCAUACCAUUUGAGGACCCAUCUCAUUAUUGGAGUCUUGCAGAGGCACUGCAAUACCUCACGUUCACGCGAUAG